AUCCGUCCCCGCGGAGAAAAGCAACCCAACCCCUUGCCAUCAACAAACCUCACGCCAUCCCAAACUGCAAAAAGCUUCAAACCAUACCCAAAAGGAGUUUUUUUUACAUAAAAAAAAGAGGAAAAAAAAACCUUCUUUACUAUCAGUACUGCUUCCGACAUACAUUCGUCUGCUCAAGAAUGUCUGUAUGCUCACCGUAUUGCCCUGUUCAUCUUUCCUCCAAUGCCACUCUGCUGCUCUCUGCUUAGUCACAGCUGCUUGUGAAGAAGAAAAAAGGACAAAAGCUGAAAUCUUGAGCUAAAGAUUCGAUCUUUGGGUUCUGGGUUUGGGAUGGUGGGUGUGAGUUGUUGGGUGGCGUUUGCUGUUUUUAGCUAUAGUUUUGCUGCCUGUUCUUGUUCUGAGAGUGAAAAGGGAGGCCCUGCAGUUGUAGAAGGGAGCCUUUUGGUUGACGGCAAAGGUGCCAUUGGCAGGAUUGACGAUGACUUUGUGUGUGCUACUUUGGACUGGUGGCCUCCCGAGAAGUGUGACUAUGGGACUUGUAGUUGGGGUCAUGCCUCGCUUCUAAAUCUGGAUCUCAGUAACACAAUUUUGUUAAAUGCUGUAAAGGCCUUCUCACCGUUAAAGAUUAGACUUGGAGGCACAUUGCAAGACAAGGUGAUAUAUGCCACUGAAGAUAGUCAACAGCCUUGCACUUCAUUCAAGAAAGACACUUCACAGAUGUUCGGGUUCACGCAGGGAUGCCUUCCCAUGAACAGAUGGGACCAAUUGAACGCUUUUUUCAAGGAAUCAGGGGCUAAGGUUAUUUUUGGAUUAAAUGCGCUCAAUGGUCGAACCAUACAGUCUGAUGGUUCUGCAGUUGGGGCCUGGAAUUACAGUAAUGCAGAGUCUCUCAUACGUUACACUGUCAAAAGACAUUACACCAUCUACGGUUGGGAGCUCGGGAACGAAUUGAGUGGGAGUGGAGUCGGGACUAGAGUAUCAGCAAGCCAAUAUGCUUCCGACACAAUCUCUCUACAUAACAUUGUGCUUGAUAUCUACAACGGUGUAGAGCCAAAGCCCCUUAUCAUAUCUCCAGGAGGAUUCUUUGAUGCUGCAUGGUUUAAAGAACUUGUAGAUAAGGCUACAAGCUCUGUAGAUGCAAUCACGCACCACAUCUACAAUCUUGGGCCAGGAGUUGAUAAGCACCUUGUGGAGGAGAUUCUCGACCCAAGUGUUCUUGAUAAUACGGUUAAUACAUUUAGAGACCUCCAAAACACGAUUAAGAGCUCGGCAACUUCUGCAGUGGCAUGGGUAGGAGAGGCGGGAGGGGCUUACAAUAGUGGCAGAAAUCUUGUUACAAAUGCCUUUGUGUUCAGUUUCUGGUACUUGGAUCAGCUUGGUAUGGCGUCGACCUACGAUACAAAAACUUACUGUAGACAAUCACUGAUUGGUGGAAACUACGGGUUGCUUGACGCAACUACUUUUGUACCAAAUCCAGAUUACUACAGUGCUCUUCUCUGGCAUCGGCUGAUGGGAAGAAACGUUCUCGCGACGAGCUUUUCUGGGACUAACAAACUCCGUACUUAUGCUCACUGUGCAAAGCCAUCUAACGGAGUUGUUGUAUUGUUGAUUAACCUGGACGGUAACUCAACAGUUGAGGCCAAAGUCACAUUUAACGGUAGUCAAAAUCAUCGCCUCCACCAUGACCAGCACCAUCACCACGGACACCAUAGUCAGAGCUCUAGUAAAUCCAAGGCUAUUCGGCCGCCAAGAAGUUACAGGGAAGAGACAACGAGGGAGGAAUACCAUUUAACAGCGAAGGACGGAAAUUUGCACAGCCGGACAGUCCUCCUCAACGGGGAAGUUUUAACUGUAAAUACCUCUGGGGAGAUUCCAGCUCUUCAGCCCGUUCAUGUGAAAGCCACGGAUCCCGUGACUAUCGCUCCUUUCUCGUUGGUAUUUGUUCACAUGCCGAAUAUCAGGCUUUUUGCUUGUAGCUGAGUAGUUCCGGGGAACUUUAAUUGGUUUUCCUCAGGCAUUUGUCAAUAAAAAUUCAAGAGAGUGCAACGAUUUCUUAGUGAUGAUCUUAUAUUGUUUGGCAAAUGAAAAUUUUUGUAAUUUCACUCUACUUCUCUCCGUUCCAUCUAUAAAUAAUUAUAUUUAUUUGAUAUUGUAA